AUGCUUACACUGCUGGGACUAGGCCUGGAGCCAACAGACAUUUCUUUAAAAGGACUUGAGCUAGCAAAAAAAGCAGAUGCAGUGUAUCUAGAGAAGUAUACAAGCAUUGUAUUAGAUGAGACAGAAAUAGAGCGUGUAAUAGGACGGGAAAUCAAACAAGCGUACAGAGAGGAUAUAGAAGGAUCAGAUGGAGGCGAUCCACUGAUCAUAAAAGAAGCUCUUGAUAAAGAUAUAGUAUUAUUAGUAGUAGGUACUCCUUUAUUUGCCACCACACAUACAGAAUUACUUAUUCGUGCACAGGAACUAAAAAUAGGUAUAAAUGUACUGCACAAUGCAUCUAUACAGAGUGCCAUGGGGUGCUGUGGGUUCAAUUCAUACGGAUUUGGUAAAACUGUCUCAAUUCCAUUUUUCAUUGACAACUGGAGACCGUACGACUUUAUAAAGAAUAUUAUGACAAAUUUCAAUAACGGUCUACACACACUAUGCCUACUCGACAUAAAAAUAAACGAGCCAACAAUUGCCACACUCAUGGGACAGGAGAAUGUAAGAUAUAACCGGUUUAUGACAAUUAAUGAAGCAAUUUCACAAAUAGAAGAAGCUGCAGAUAAGUGUGGUAAUACAGAAUUAAGCAAUAUAAAGAUUGUUGGAAUAGAAAGACUCGGACAAAAAACAGAAAGGUUCGCAUAUGGGACAUUAAGUGAGUUAAAGGAUAAGGAAUACGGACCUCCUCUGCACUCAAUAAUUAUUCCCUCAGCGCAUGGCAAUGCAAUGGAAAAAGAGUGUGUUGAAAGAUUCUUUGCCAGUAGAUAA